AUGACAACGCCCCUGCGUUACCUGGUGAUGACGCAAACAGGUGGCAAAGCAAACAUCAAACCAGCAGAACCUGCAAGAAUGAACAGUUUGUUUGCCAGUGUUCAGGUGAAGCACCUGCAGCGAGCACUGAGACACGCUGAGGCGCAAAUGGCCGACAUGUGCCAGCUGCUGGCUUCUUACGCCAGACAGAGCGCCAAGCUCCGAGACCAGGCUGACACGCUGGUGGCUCGGCUCUUCGACUUCUCAGACUCGGAGGAUGCCGAGAUCCAGGUCGGCCUGAGAAGGCUCGCCCAAGACCUCGCCUUGGUGCAGGACUACAGGCAUGCUCAGGUACAAAGACUGGAGACGCAAGUCGUUGCUCCUCUAAAAGCAUAUAGCGGCAUCAUCGCAAAUACAAAGGCCAGCAUGAAGAUGUUCAGUGCCGAUCUUCACGGUGAGCUGAAGGAGUUACAGAAACUGGAGAAUAUUCGCCUGAAGAACCUGACGGCUAGACAGACCAACGGAUCCCUCAUCCAGAAGUCUGGUCUCACUCAAGGCGGCGAUGUCAAUACCAUAACGUCUGAGCUCAGCAGCAACAAGCGCAGUUCUUCUUUGCGGCCUGUCAGGGUUGUUGUCCAGGAGGACAUCCUGACGCCGUCAGACUUUGUGCUUCAGAAUCCAAUUGCUGUUCUGGAUCCACCAAGUUCCCAGCCGCACUAUCUUCGCCACAAAGAGAUGGAGCCUAGUGGCAAGGGGGAAACCCAGGACAACCAGCACCUCUUCAUAGCUGCAGGAGGCCGCCGGAACCCUCAGUCUGUCGUGGCCCGGCCAAGUUUCUUGUGCAGCGCAGAAGUAAAUUCGAGGAAAGCCUCCAGCAAUGCGCAGCACAGCAUGAUGAAGAUGGAGGAAAGCAUCACUGCCUUCCACCACCAGAAACGAAAGGAUUUUAAAACGAUUUUCAUGGACUUCAUCACAGUGGAGAUGAUUUUUCAUGCUAAAGCACUGGAGGUGUAUUCACACGCGUUCCAACACCUGCUGGCCACGAAGACUGGAAUGCACAACCAGGAGGAUCCUCUGCGCCAAGAAAGGAACGUAAACGAAGCUCGAGAGACCUUCCGCCCGGUUGAGGAGGAAAAGAGAAGAUCUGGCAAAGCAAAGCAGCCCGGGUCUCAUCAUCUCGGCUAGGGCGCCCAAAUAUGGGCGUCUGAAGGUCCACACCCGAUGAUGAGGAUGAUGAUGUCCAAGCUGCAAAUGGUGUUUUCCUUUAGACAUGUUUAAUAAUCCAUCACAUCUUUCACAUUUCAAUAUUUUAACUUGCAAGGAUGACACGUUUUGUUUCAAGUCUGAAAAGUACUUUGGUCAUUUCUGCACAGUCCUUGAAGUAAACACGCAAACGUUUUUAAAUUCACAUCAAUUAUACUUACAAUUAGAAGUGUCCCGAUCCGAUAUUGAUUUAGGUCAGUGAUUCUCACGCUGUGUUGCGUGUACCACUAGUGGUACAGCAAAUGAUCUCUUGAUUAAAGUACAGUGUUUUAUUUUCAUAUAUUCAAACACAGUGUUACUGUUCUAACUGUGUGUAAUGUUACAGUGGCCAAAGAUAAUAAAU